CCUAGAGGCGGAGCCUUCACAGUGUUAAGGUGACCUGCGCUGUGAGACCCCGGUUGCCAUUUGCGAGCGGACUGGACCUGCAGCAAACAUGUCUCUGUCUAAUAAGCUGACCCUGGACAAGGUGGACGUGAAGGGGAAGAGGGUGGUGAUGAGGGUUGACUUCAAUGUUCCUAUGAAAAAUAACCAGAUUACUAAUAACCAAAGGAUUAAGGCUGCUCUCCCCAGUAUCCAGCACUGCUUAGACAAUGGGGCUAAAUCUGUUGUUCUGAUGAGCCACCUUGGCAGGCCAGAUGGUGUUCCCAUGCCUGAGAAGUACUCCCUGGCACCAGUAGCUGUGGAACUGAAGUCUCUUUUGAAGAGAGAGAUCGUUUUCCUGAAGGACUGUGUGGGAUCAGAAGUCGAAGCUACAUGCGCAGAUCCAGCCCCUGGGACCAUUAUUCUUCUGGAGAACUUGAGAUUCCAUGUAGAAGAAGAAGGAAAGGGCAAAGAUGCUGCUGGGAACAAGACCAAGGCAGAGCCGGCAAAUGUGGAAGCUUUCAGGGCAUCUUUGUCCAAACUAGGAGACAUCUAUGUCAAUGAUGCUUUUGGGACCGCACAUAGAGCUCACAGCUCCAUGGUAGGAGUCAAACUGCCUCAGAGAGCUGCUGGAUUCUUAAUGAAGAAAGAGCUUGAUUAUUUUGCUAAGGCUUUGGAGAACCCAGAGAGACCAUUCCUUGCUAUCCUCGGAGGGGCCAAGGUUAAGGACAAGAUCCAGCUCAUCAAUAACAUGUUGGAUCAAGUGAAUGAAAUGAUUAUUGGUGGAGGAAUGGCAUUCACCUUCUUGAAAGUAUUGAACAACAUGGAGAUUGGCACUUCACUGUAUGAUGACGAAGGCGCAAAAAUUGUAAAGGACUUAAUGGCUAAAGCUGAGAAGAAUGGUGUAAGGAUCACCCUGCCUGUGGACUUCACCACUGCUGACAAGUUUGAUGAGAACGCUAACACUGGAACAGCCAGCGUCUCCACUGGAAUCCCAGCAGGUUGGAUGGGUCUUGACUGUGGACCAGAAAGUAUCAAGCUGUUUGUGGAAGCCGUGGGAAGAGCCAAGCAGAUUGUAUGGAAUGGCCCAGUCGGUGUAUUUGAGUGGGACAAUUUUGCCAAGGGAACCAAAGCAGUUAUGGAUAAGGUUGUGGAAGUCACAGGAAAGGGCACCAUAACAAUUAUCGGUGGGGGAGACACGGCUACCUGUUGUGCAAAAUGGGACACUGAAGACAAAGUCAGCCAUGUGAGCACUGGAGGAGGAGCCAGCCUGGAGCUUCUUGAAGGUAAAGUCCUCCCUGGUGUGGAUUCUCUGAGUAACUCAUAACCAAUGAAUAUCAAGACAUUACAAACCAUUCUCGAGUGAGAGCAGUUGGGAGCCAUGUCCUGGUGAAUGAAAAGUUGACACCACAAGCACUUUUACCCUUAAAUCUGACGGUUCUCAACUGGACAGUUACCAGGCUAUUUAUGCAAUGCACCAAGGUUGUCAAGUAGUCUGUUGGUAGUUAAACGGUUAACCCUUUCUCACCAUGUCCCUGUUCACAGCUUGUCUGGACAGAUGAAAUUGCAAUGUGUGCUAGACCCCUGUUGUGUGGUGUAUAUUGUUUUGCUCCUAGAUGUAUAUAUUGCCCUUUAGAUGUCUGGGGGGGUCUAUGCUCUUCACCCAAUUUUAAAUGUAUUCAGUUUACAUGGCAAACUAAAUUGGUGCCCCAGUACAAUCUGCUCAAAAUAAAACGCCUACCUUUCA